AGCAACCCAGUUAUCAACCAUGAAGACAUAGCAGUAGUAGACACCUGUUUUGUUUUGAUUUGAUUUUUCAUUCGUUGGCGGCGUUGUAAAAGAAAUAUGGCUUCUCCUGAUCUCUGGCUGAUUGGGAUCGUCUGCUUUUAUUUCAUUACCGUUUGUGAUUCCGAAACUUACACCUUCAAUCAAAACAUUGGAGUAGCAUAUGAAUUCAAAAUACACGUUGACGCCGGAAAGGAAGAGUGUUUUGGACAAUAUGUUCACCCAGGUUCAACAUUUUAUGUUGCUUUUCAGGUAAUGCGAGGUGGUGAUGGAAUGGCAGGUUUUGCUGUUAGACACCCCGGAGGGCAAUUAGUUAUGCCGUAUUAUUGGAAGGCAAAUGCAGAAUAUGAAGAACAAUCAGCUGACCCUGGAGGCUUUUAUCUGUUGUGCAUUGACAAUUCUCUCUCUCGAUUUGCAUCAAAAUUAGUCAGCAUGUAUGUGAAUUCAUUCAAACGGGAUAAAUGGGAAGACUAUGUAAAAGAAUUAGAAGCAGCUGAUGUCACAGUAACUAACUUUACUGAGACACUGCAAACCGUGGAUGGACGUAUUGGAGAAAUGUUGAAGUAUCAAGAUCAUUCUCGAAAACAAAUGACAAAAGAUUGGUAUUUAGUUGACAGCAACCAUAGUUAUGUGCAGAGUUGGUCUAUUGCUCAGUGUUUUGUCAUUUUCUUAACUUCUACUCUUCAAGUCUACUUUGUACGAAAACUUUUUGAUGUGAAGAAUGUCACACCAACAUCAAAACCUAGAGCUUAAUGUGUGUGUUUCUUAGCAUUUAUCAAAUUUAAUGAUAGGUUAUAAAUAAUAAGCGUUUCUUUUAAUCAUUUUGUAAUGAUUUUGUUGCAUAUUUUCACCUGCUUUAUCAAGUUUUUUUGCCCCUAUUUGUUAACAACACGAUCAUUCUAGAUUUUGUUUUUGAAAUUUUCAUUUUUUUAAAUGUUAAGGUAAAGUUAAAAAGAUAAAUCUUUCAGUUGCUAUUCUCAUAAUUAUUACAUGAAUUUGAAUAAUAUAUAUACUGUAUACAAAGAAUUAGGAGGUAUAUAAUGAAGGAAUUGUAUGAAUAUUAUUCGAUACAAGUAAAAUUCUUAAAUUUAAAUAUUGUAUAAGUAUAUAAACAUAUAUAUAUUUUACAAAUUUAAGGCAUAAAAUUACUUUCAAUAUAACCUAGUUAUAAAAUGAGAACAAAGCUUAAGUAAUUGUAACGGCAAAUACUGUAAACCACGUAACAUUAAAUAGCUGGCAUUAUAAUAUUAUAGUUCAGAAAGAUAUGUUUAAAUGGCAUACAGUUUUACACAUUUUUAUAAUUAUCAAUUAAAAUGAAAAAAAAAACUUUUUCAUUAAGAUAAUGCUAAAAUUCAUAAUAGCACAACAAAAAAAGCAUUCAUAUUUAGUUAAAAAAAUAAAUAAUAGAAUUAAAAAUAGAACGAUAAGGUCUCAAUAAUGUAGUUUAACUGAAAUAAAAAUGUAAAAGCUUAUUCACAGCUUACAUUUAUAUAUAUAUACACAUAUACAAAGUGAAUAGGUUUUCAUAUUUCAAUUGCUCAUUCAAAAUAAAAUACUUCAUAAGCAUUUUUAAAUUUUUCAUGAAAAAUUGAUUACACAUUUUAUAUUUUUAAUGUAAAAAUAUUGUUCAUUUGCUAAUUUAACAAUGAUAUUAUGAGUGACAUUAAUGUUGAUUUUAGUUAAACUAUGCAUAUUUAAAGGUACAUGAACUGUUUUAUUACAUUGUACACUUAUUUAACAAUGCUAGUCAAAUUUACUUAAAAAUGAAAUAUACUUAUGACUGUAAAAUUUUGUUUGGGAACUUAUUUUUCAAGCAGUAAAAUUGUAUUUAAAACAGCAUAUUUUUCUUUUUUCAUAUCAUGUCAUAUUUUUAAUAUUUUCUAAAUUAUUUUUGCUUCUUAUAGGUAACAUUAUAUAUUUAACUUUAAUGAUUGUGGCUUAUUUUUAUUUAUUAAUUAUUUCUUUUUGUGCAUGAGUUAAAAAAAUUCUGAAAAGUGUACCUGUUGUAUUGUCUAAUAUAAAGAUUCCAUUUAGGUAUCAAAUAGCAAAAGAAAUCUAAAAUAUUUACCAUACUAAAAUAAUUAAUUUUUGCAAUUUAUAUUUUUUAAAAGUAGUGUUAAGAUCAAUUACUCAUUACUAAGAAGAGCAGGUUAUUUCCAUUCCUCUCCUAAGCUAUAACGGAUGUUUUUAACAGACAAGCAAUAAUAUGUUAAAUUUUUUUGUAUCUAUUCAUAAAGCUAUUGUCUAAAAUUUAACAAUUAUUUUUUUCCUUGAAAAACAGAACUUUUAAGUGAGAUAUGUUAAAAGAGAAUAAAUUGGACUCCAAUUGAAAUUCUGGAAUAUUAUUAUGAUUUGUGACAGUCUUAUUAUUUUUGUUGCACACCAAAAACAUAACUUUUUAAAAUAAGUUACACUUUAUAAGCAUUUAUAUAUAUUUAUUUAAAAAGAAAAAAAAAAACUGAAAGAUUAUUUUUUUUACUCAGUUGGGCUUAUCUUCAAAAGAUGAAUAUUUUUGAGGAAAAUAUGCUAUUUUUCUAUUGUCAGAGUCUUUGGUUAUGUGAAGAUAUAUUCAGAUAUAAAUUGAUAAUAUUUUAUUCUAAGACAUUUGGAUUUUUAUAAUACAAUGUUAUUGUUUUAAAUAAUUAUUGUACAAUGCUUUUGCAACAAUCAGAAAUUUUACUUAUGAAGUGAAAGUUUCUUAUUCAAACAUUCUACAUUCCUCUUACAAGAGAGCUUAAACUUCUUGAACUUCCUUAAACCUUCAUAAAAUCGCACAAUUUUUUUAGAAAUUUUUUUUUAUUCGAGUAUUUGAACCCUACUAUUGAAUAGCAAUAAAUAUAUCUGUCUAUAAUUAGUAUUCAGAUUCUUUUUGUUAAUAGAGACAUUUGAUAACAAAAAAGCAUAGACUUUUGACUUGAACAUUACAUUUACAAAUUAAUUGCUGAGAUAAAAAAAAUACAUCUUCAAAUAUCAAAUCUAACUUUGCUUUAAAGCAGUCUUCCCAGCAUGCAGCAUCAUUCAUUCCAAAAAUUAUGCAAAUGAUACUCAGGAAGAUAUCAGAGUUCAACCUCAACUAACAGGAAGGAAUUUAAAUAAAGUGUGUUAUAAAGUUUUAUAAAAUUGUUUCAAAAUAAAAUGAUUUAAGACAUAGAAUGAAUAUUUGUGGCAUGCUUACUAUCGAAAGCAUUUAUUUUCACCAACUUCUUCUCUUACUAUUGAUUGUAGUAGAUGAUAGUUUGUUCAAUUGUUAACAUUUUAAAAAUGUACAAAGUUUAUAAUUUCUUCUUAUAUUCAAACAUUUUUAUUUUCAUAAAAUAAUAAAAUUCAAUGUAAAUAAUCUUUUUUAGGAAAAAUUAAAUGCUGAUGAUUAUAUAAAAAAAGUUGAAUUGUGCUAAUUCAAAACAGGAAAAAGACAUAUUUAUACUUAGUAUUGUUCAGUAUUAUUUGUGCUCAAAACUAAUUCUAAGUACAACUGUCAAAAAUAUUUUUAUACUUCUCAUCAUUCCGCACCCAUUUAAUGCAAACUAAUGAAAAUAUACUUGCAUUUGCUGUUUUGAGUGAUAUUUAUAUAUAACCUGAGCAUUAAUUUUCUUUUUAUUGUAAAAAUAAAAACGUUUUUAGUGUUGUGA